UCGCUUUCAUUCUGUUCCACUCAUGGCAAAGACAAGAAUGCCACUCUUAAGCAUCCUUGAGCUGAUCUCAUAUCCUUAUCGAAAACGGAGAAUUUAACCAGUUCAACGGUUUAUCGUUGACAGGUAUGUCUAUAGAAAUAGACAGCUUAGAGGAUUUAGACGAUCAAGGACAGGAUGAAUCGUCAAGCGAGUACUAUAGCCCCCAAUUGGAGUCCACUUCGACCUUCACUCCAAAUUUUACUGCGGCUACCGAGACAGCCCUCUCCACACCAGAUUCGUUUAAUCUAGGCACUACGUCUCUAAGAUGUAAAUGCGGAGCACUGAUCAGUUACGAUGACCUUAUAUCUCGCGGAACCAUACCAUCACAUGAUAUUUCAAAUUCGGGAUAUCACCUCGAACUUGGCGAGUGGCUAUGUGACCUUACUAAGGCCAUAGAUGCCGCAUGGCCUAAACGGCAUAUCACCUACUCUGAUGUCCAUGUACUGAUUAUUACCUGGGAAGAGACUGAUAUGCGUGGCAUGGAAAAUGAAAUUAAGCGACUGAGUAGUGUAUUCUCAGAUGUGUUCGGUUACAAUAUCCAUCGACUGAUAAUUCCCACCUCCAAGGCAGACCUAAGGGUACGAAGAGAAGUUGACAGUUUUAUUGAGGAAUAUGGCCAGCAGGAGAACUUGCUGAUUGUGUACUACGCUGGUCAUGCUAGACCUGGUUUGCGCACCGGUUCUCCGCCAAUAUGGUACCCUAAGAAACCUACGGCAGGGGAGCCGGGGGCCAGUUUCGAUACGAACAACAUACUUCCUAUCCUUGCUCGCGCCCAAGAUGAUUCACCAGAUGUCUUGUUGAUCUAUGAUUGCUGCCAUUCUCUAUCUUCUCAUUCAAUCAACGACGAACCGAGCAGGGCUAUUGUUGAGUGCCUAUUUGCUGGGGGCUUCGAAACCAAAGUGCCCAUCGCCGGCCUCGAUUCUUUUACGCAUGCUCUCUAUGAUGAGCUUUUUAUAGCUAGUAAAUCUUCUAUGCCUUUAUCGGUAACUGAUCUCCACCGAAAAAUCAUAGAUAGACUUCAGAAUUGGAUACCUCACGGCGUGUUUAACAGGGAUGGUACAAUCUUAAGGGAUAACAAAACCAAGGAACCAGUUAUAACCCAGCCAGUACGAACAACCCCUAUUCAUAUGUUUCUCUCCGAGAAUGAAGAGCCGAGGACUAUCUUCCUAGCCCCAAAUAAGCAACAAAGACCGGAAACCCCCAACGACGAUGAUAGCAAGAAUGGCGAAGAUGAACUGCCUAGGGUUUUACUAGCCAUUCGGUUAGUUGAAAACGACUGUAAUUCUGAGGCUCUAAAGAGCUUCAAGAAGUGGAUCCUUGAUGCCCCCCAGUGUGUUGUCAAGUUUGAAAAGUUAUAUCAAAGCUAUUCGGAGCUGUUAUUAGUCGAAAUGCCCCUCCAGGUAUGGGACUUGUUACCCCGAAACCCUGCCGUCACCUUCAUUGGAUUUACCAAGGGUGAAAAGCCCAUCGAAAUGCUUACGACGAAUGUCGAUGGUACACCAGCUGCGAUAGGCAACCCAGUCAUAGUCUCUCACAAAUUCGAAAGCCUCGGGGAGGAUUCAAGCGUAGAAACACAACCACAAAGCGACAAUCAAAUGGCACAUCAGACUUUUGCGGGAACUCAGUUAAUUAAUCUAGUAGAUCGUCCUGACUCUCAUAUGUAUCAUUCGGAAAGAAAAGAACACCGAGGCCUUAAUACAGUUCUCGGUGCUGUCGACCAGAUUCUCCCAAAAACCUUCACUGACCUCGAAAAGAGUGCCAAGCAAAAUGGAUUACAACUAAAAAUUCUCUUUGAUCAAGUUUUGGAAAACUUGGUUAAACUCGAAGUGCCGGGUGAAGAGGAGAUAAUGUCUAGAGAUGAUAUAUUACGAUACGAGGCUUUUCUCUUCCAAUAUGUUAGCGCGAAGCAUCUAAUUAGAUAUGGACCACCGUGGCUGAAUGUUGAGAAUCGAUUGACAGGACCUAUGGCUCGUCUAUAUGAUUGGUACAACGACGACAUCAGGGCAGGCUCAGCAUCCAUCCCAGAAAUACCAGAGAUAGGGGAAAAUGAGACAUCUUCCGAGCCAUCUACUAACCACAGCAAGCUCUGGAGUAAUCCAAGCAUAGGUGGAAGGAGUUCAGCAAUUCGUGAGUAAAAAACGAUAAUCCUAGAUAGAAAAUAGCCACUCACAUCAACUCGGAAAUAGUUUCCUCGAUGCAAGAGUCUACCCCGGAUAUCUCAAUGGCGCCUUCUCCCCAAAACAAGCCAUUAGAUAACGUGGGUGAACCAGCCGCUUGGAGCGUGAAAGACAAAGGGGAAGAUCAAGUGAAGACUUCUUCAAACGAGGCCCCGAAUCUUGAGGAAAAUCUAGAUAAUUGGAUUGCUCACUCACGCACAACAGAAACUUCUAAACCUGGGGUACAAAACAGUGAUAUCGGAACAACAACACAGAAAAUACCGGAGAUUGACGAUACAUUACAAAGUACGCCUUACCAAUCCCUGGAAGAUGAAUAUCUUACACAAGAUACUUCCACAGCUCUAGUAACCCGUUCAGAGAGCGAACAAUCACUACCGAUUGCGACUAGGGAUAAAGUGGUGUCAUUUGACACACAACCUCAAUACCUGCCAGAGGAUUCCGAAUCCGAAUCCGAAUCCGAAUCUUCAGUCCUCUCCGGCUCGACUCCGUCCG